AUCAUUAGAUCAGAUCAAAACAACAACAGUCUUCUGAAAAGAUUUUGAAUAAUUUUCACAAUGCCAUCGCCUCUCGCAUCAUUGGCUAGGGCCAGCAUUUCAUCAUCAAUUGAUUACCGACCAAGCCUUGAUGAGCAAGCUACAUUUACAAAGAUUACAUUGACUCCUGAUUCUGGUGUUUUACAUCCUGAUGGCCGACGGGUCUUCUAUCCUGGAUCCACUAUCAAUGGAACUGUCACCUUUUAUGUUGCUUCUGCUAUCAGAGCUCAACACUUGAAAAUUAUUUUGAGAUCAUCAGAACGCCUGGAAUAUGGAGCAACAGGGUGGGGAAGCAACCCUCCUCCAACACAUGUCUUUGCAGUUAAGACUCAUCUCUGGGGGUUAAAACACAAAGAACCCAAUCCAAACAAAUGGCCACGACUUGAAGCCGGCACAUACACUUACCCAUUCGCGAUUGAAUUGCCCAUGGUCAAUUACAAUAUGACAUAUCAAAAUCAGAGCUACCAAUCUUUCUUCUCACUCCAAACCGCCGUCGUACGAGCUACCGACUCUUUGCCAGAAUACACAGAUGUCUAUCCUAUUGAAUUUAUGCCCUUCAUAGCAACUAGCUUGCAUAAGGAGGUACACACGGAAGCCAAAGGCGUUGACCAUGUGAUGGGUGAAAUCAUCGUGCCAGAAACAGGCUUCCUAGCAGGCGAAACUGCCUCUUUCCAACUACGGCUGACGCCAAAUGGUCCGUGUACCCAUAAUAAGAUUGUCAGCGUGCAAGCCAAAUUGAAACAAAUCAUCACCAUUGGCUAUGAUGGAUACUACAGAAUGGAGCGUAACGAUAUUUCUACCACAAAAGCAACUGCUCCACAAUCACUGCCAGAGACGCUAUCUAUGGAAUUAUGCAUCCCAAAAACUUCUCUUCCCUCUAUUUCCUAUUCAUCUCACCUGAAAAUCCUAUAUCAGCUAUACGUGACUGUGCACCUGAAGUCCAACACAUUAUUCCGCCACAAGAUCAAGUUUGCUGUUCCUAUCACCGUUGGAACAUUAGGAAGAGGCAUAUCUCCUCCACGUGAGCUCCUUUCCUAUACUGAUCGGGAAGUGCUCUGCGAAAGUGGAAUGAGGUUUAAGCCGCGAUUCUUACUGAACGAACAACUAUGCGACGAGGACAAUUUGCCAGCAUAUGAUGAAUGUAGCCCACCAACGUAUCAACAAGCACUCGAAGCAUGAUAGCUGGCACCAUCACACUUCUUAUCAAAUCCUCUUCCCUCUGUACAUACCGUUUUCUACAUUCCGCUACCCAACCCUCUGAACAUAGCUAUACAUACACCAAAUCUAUUU